GAGUGGGUGAUAAUAGAGUGGCUGUGUUUCCCAGUUUGUGAUAAGUCACUCUCCACUCCACAAAACACACUCGCUCUUUUACUUAUUUUGAAGCACAAAAUAAAGAUCACUAAAACCUAAAAUGAACUGUGGAUCAAUGAACGCUGCAGCAACUCCUUCAACAGCUAGCCGCAACCCAUGUCUCUCCGCUUCUCGCAAUUCCAAGUUCCCCCUAUUACUGCCGCAAGCCUCUCAAAGGAUAUGCUGUAAUAAUGUAACAAAACUGACGAGCAGUUUGGGAUUGUCGAAGCAACAUGUGGGCAAGUGUGUUGGUAAUGAAUUGGGAGGUGCGGUUACUUCAAAAUCUCUUAUUGGUGAUGACAAAGUAGGAGUUUUGCUGCUUAAUCUUGGAGGUCCUGAGACUCUUGAAGAUGUCCAGCCUUUUCUCUUUAACCUUUUCGCUGACCCCGACAUCAUACGCUUGCCAAGGCUGUUUCGUUUUCUUCAGAAGCCCCUGGCUCAAUUCAUAUCCGUUGCAAGGGCGCCCAAGAGCAAAGAAGGCUAUGCUUCGAUUGGUGGUGGUUCCCCUCUUCGCCAAAUUACUGAUGCACAGGCCGAGGAACUGAGAAAAUCACUUUGGGAGAAGAAUGUCCCUGCAAGUGUGUAUGUUGGUAUGCGCUAUUGGCACCCAUUCACUGAAGAAGCCAUUGAACAGAUAAAAAGAGAUGGAAUCACAAAGCUGGUUGUUCUUCCACUUUAUCCACAAUUCUCUAUAUCAACUAGUGGAUCAAGCCUCCGUCUUUUGGAGAGUAUAUUUCGGGAAGAUGAAUAUCUUGUUAACAUGCAACACACUGUAAUACCUUCCUGGUACCAACGUGAAGGAUAUAUAAAAGCCAUGGCAGAUUUGACUGAAAAAGAAUUACAAAAAUUUGAUUCUCCUGAGAAGGUUGUGAUAUUUUUCAGUGCACAUGGUGUGCCCCUUGCAUAUGUGGAAGAAGCUGGUGAUCCAUACAAAGCAGAGAUGGAAGAAUGUGUGGAUCUAAUAAUGGAAGAGUUAGAGAAGAGAAAGAUCACUAACGCAUACACACUUGCCUAUCAGAGCAGAGUUGGACCUGUUGAAUGGUUAAAGCCCUAUACGGAUGAUACAAUCAUAGAACUUGGGAAAAAAGGGGUGAAGAAUCUCUUGGCUAUCCCUAUCAGCUUUGUUAGUGAGCACAUUGAAACUCUAGAAGAAAUUGACGUGGAAUAUAAAGAAUUGGCUCUCAAGUCUGGUAUAGAAAAAUGGGGACGAGUUCCUGCAUUAGGAUGUGAACCGACCUUUAUUUCAGACUUGGCAGAUGCCGUUAUCGAGUCUCUUCCUUAUGUUGGAGCUAUGGCAGUCUCAAAUCUUGAAGCUCGACAGUCUUUAGUUCCACUUGGCAGCGUGGAAGAGUUGUUGGCUACAUACGAUUCAAAACGUAGGGAGUUACCAUCACCGGUGACAGUGUGGGAAUGGGGUUGGACAAGAAGUGCAGAAACUUGGAAUGGAAGAGCAGCUAUGUUGGCAGUUGUUGUUCUGUUGGUUCUUGAAGUCACCACCGGGCAGGGUUUUUUGCACCAGUGGGGUAUACUUCCUUCGUUUCAAUAGACAAGAGCGUGUACAUAAAUGUAAAUUUUGUUCUACUUUUGCAUUAAAUUAGCAUACUUAAACCGGAUCUUGAGACAUUAUUGUUCAUCGUCCAUAUGGGUUGGUUAUAGUACAAGCGCAGGCUGAGUAGCAAUAAAUGUGGGUGAUGGGAAGAGAAGUGUAUUAUAGAUGUCAUAAUUGUUUCCUUUUGCACAUGUAUAUUCAAAUUUUGUUGCUA